AAAAGAAAAUAUUUUUUCAGAGCUUAAAUUUCGCCAUGAUAAAUCCAGUUCGGAUAUUAUCUGAUGUUCAGCUGAAAAAGCUGAAAGAACAUAAAUACAGUUCGAGCUGCCAAUCCCUCCUAGAUCCAGCAAUGCAGAUAUUUUGGAACUGGAUAGUUGAGUUUGUCCCGCUAUGGGUAGCCCCAAACCUGAUUACAAUUGUUGGUUUGUUUGUAAACAUCUUCACCUCAUUAAUACUAAUUGCAUACUGUCCAACAGCUACUGAAGAUGCGCCCUGGUGGACAACAUCACUUUGUGCUGUAGGGUUGUUUGUUUAUCAAACACUAGAUGCCAUUGAUGGUAAACAGGCCCGCAGGACUUCUAGUUCAAAUCCCUUAGGAGAACUAUUUGAUCAUGGAUGUGAUAGUUUAAGUACUGUGUUUGUCAGUUUGGCGUCCUGUUGCGCUGUUCAGCUUGGUAGAUAUCCGGGCUGGAUGCUUUUCCAGUGCUUGUGUGCCUCAACUCUGUUCUACUGUGCACACUGGCAAACCUAUGUGUCAGGAACUCUUCAGUUCGGAAAGAUCGACGUAACAGAAGGACAAUUGGUUGUCGUCUGUGUUAUGCUUCUAUCCUCCUUCUCGUCAUUCUUUAAUCUUGACAUCUGGGCAACUAGUUUAGUUUUGAUAUCUCUGAACCAAGUAGUGACACUUUUUGGAGCAGGUUGCGGAUUAAUAUCAAUGAUAACUCCUGGUGGAACCAUUGAUAAAAUCCUGAAUGGUGGGGCUGGAAAGAGUGGUUCUACUGUUGCUGGCACCAGUGUUCUUUCCCCUGCAUCUCCUCUUCUAUUUGUUAUUCUUCCAGCCUGGGUUAUUGCGUACAGAUCAGACGAGGCUGUCUACCACGACCAACCGAUACUCUACACUCUAAUGUUUGGUCUUAUUGCUGCUAAAAUUACAAACAGACUUGUGGUUGCGCAUAUGUGCAAAAGUGAAAUUCAUCAUAGGGACCCUGCUCUAUUGGCUCCUAUGAUGUUGAUGAUAAACCAGUAUUUUAGCACUGUAGUCCCAGAGAAAUGGCUGCUUUCCCUAGCCAUGGUAUGGGUAGUAGUAGACCUACUGAGAUAUUGUGGAGGAGUAUGUCUGGAAAUUUGUGAAUAUUUGAAUAUAUUUCUGUUUAAAAUCCCCUACCCUCCUCCCACAAUCACAAACAGUAGUAACGGAGAAACAUCACAAGGUGCUACUUCGACGCGGCAAAGAAAGAAAAUUAGCAGAAGUUAGUUUUAACAAUUUAACCUGGUAUGCGUGGCAUCUCUAUCGAUAGUCCUCCAACCCUUUGCAAACAAUUGUUUUCGUUUUUUUUUUGUCUCCCAACUCAUUUGAUUAAUUAUAUUAUAUUUAUCAUA